AUGCAAGGCAGAUCCUUCAAAGAGGACCUGCUCAUUAUUCCAUUAGGUGGUUGUGACAUUGUUCUAGGUAAUGACUGGAUGAAGAAACAUAAUCCCACUAAGUUUGACAUGAGAGGAACUGUGUCACUAUUGGAAGAAAGGAUAAUAAGCUGGUAUUGCAUGGCAUUCCUGAAGAGGCCUCAAGUGGAAUACUUAGGCCACAUAAUCACUAAAGAAGGUGUUUCCACUGAUCCUGCCAAGAUACGGGCUAUGGUUAAAUGUCCUAGGCCUAGUUUAGUUAAAGCUCUUAGAGGAUUUUUGGGUUUUACUGGUUAUUACGGAAAGUAUGUUGCCGGUUAUGGGGCCAUAUGCAGACCCCUUAUUGAUCUCCUCAAGAAGGACUCCUUUAAAUGGAGUGAAGAUGCUGAGCUAGCAUUUUCGACCCUCAAGUCUGCUAUGACUUCAACUCUAGUGUUGAUAUUACCUGAUUAUUUCCAAGGAAUUCAUAGUUGA